UGUACGACCUCCACCGGACCGUACCGCGGGGCGAUUUCUCGAUCGGUUAGAGUUGUGGAACUGGAACUAGGCCAAGCUGUACUCUGUAGAUUCUGUAAAAAGUCCCACAAAAAUGGGACAUGCAUGGUCUGCAUACGUGACAAAUCGGGACACUGCUCCAGAUUUAUACAACCUGCCGACGUUUGAUCCACUUUAUGGGUUUCCAGAAGGCAGGCAAGAGAGGGUGAUGGUGGCCACACAAGAGGAAAUGAUGAAAGCUCAAGUUCCUCUUGAUCGGCGGGACUACUGCGCUCAUCUCUACAUUGCUUGGCAAAGAUGCAGACGAGACAACUUCCCCAACGUGUUUGCCUGCAAGCAUUCUAAACCUGAAUAUGACCAGUGUGAAUAUGAAGACUUUGUGAUGCGUAUGAAGGAGUAUGAACGAGAGAAAAGGUUACUGGCACGGGCAAAGCGGAAGAGGCUACGAGAGGAGAAAGAACAGCUCCAAGAUUGAAACGGGGUCACUUUAUGUUGAUAUGUUUUAGUAAAAGGUUUCUCAAAGUAACAUGAAAAUUCUGAAGUUUCAAGUUUUAUGUUUGAUAACAUGUUUUAUGUUAUGUUGAAAGAUGGAAACUGACUUGUAAAAGUCUGGAGGGUAGUGUUUUGCUUCUAGAAUUUAGUGAAAAGAAAUGGGAAGUGACUACAUGGGCUUUAAUUGGAGCAUAGUAACAUGUAGCACAUUUUCUUGAGAGUGAAGUGUGACAAAAUUACCAACACUUUAGCACCUUCAUUCACGCCCAUGACUUCAAGAGUAAAGGGGCACACACGUACUGGUGACAAUUGUACAUUGCUGUGGUGACUUUGCAAUUGGAUUUCAAGGGUUAUGUAAUGAUUUAAACCAUCUUUGGACAUUUCACAGAUUGCAGAUCUACAUUAUGUAGACUUUGCUGUAUUUUUACCAAUGCUCUAUUUCUUGAGGUUCAAGGUCUCCCAGCAUUCCCCGUGAUUUUUCAGAACGCAAAAAGACUAAGUAGACACAGAGAGGGAAAUUCUGCAGUAGUAAUAUUUGUGUGUUUGGAUGAUAAAUGAGUUUAUUAAAAGGAAUGUUUGAUGUAUAAAGAAA